AUGUUGAGAAAAAGCAAAGGACCAAUAAUACAAGUUGAUCGUUUAGUUUUUGAUACAAGAAAUAAAACGAAACAAAAUUCAAUUAUUUCAGAAGUAUCUCAUUCAUCAACUAUCUUAAAUUUACCAUCGAAUUUAUCAAAUAAAAAAAGUGAAAAAGAUAUUUCUUAUGAAUCUCAUGUUUUACUUCCGUCAAAUAAAUUAAAAGUAAUUCGUUUAACACUUGAUGAUAUAAAUAAUGAAAAAAAAGUUUUGAAUAAAAAUGAAAAUAAAAUAUAUUCAAUCAAUCAACAAUCAUCAUCAAUAUUAGAAGAAAAAAUGAAAAAUAAGGAUGACAAUGUUUUUUCACCAGUUUAUGAAUCAAUCGAUGAAAAACGGGAUCUAAUUAAUCGUAAUGAAAAAAAGACAAAUAUAUAUGAUGAACAAUUUGAAAUACUUUAA